AUGUCGUCUGAUAAAGAAAAGUCUCUAUCACAUACAGCCAUUCCAAUAUCUCGUCAUGAAACUUCACAAAUACCACCAUCGUCAAAGUCUAAAUUCUUUUUUCUAUUUACAAAAGAAUUCUUUUUCAUCCUCUUAUGGGGUCAAUUUAUUUCAUUGUGCUGCACGGGUUCAAUUGUCAUUGUCACCGCUUUAACAAUUAAUCAUCAUAUCAGUUUACCUGCAACUUUGAGUUUUUUUAUGUAUACAACUUUGACUCUUAUUUAUACACCUAUUACAAUUUAUAAAAAUGGUAUACGUGCGUACUUGAGAAUGCUUAAAAUUCGAGGAUGGAAAUAUUUUUUGCUUGCGUUUGUAGACGUAGAAGCAAAUUAUUUUGGAAUAAAAGCUUAUGCUUAUACAUCUAUUCUAUCUACCAUUUUACUUGACGCUUGGUCAAUUCCAGUAUGCGUGAUAUUAUCAAUAUUAUUUUUACGCGUAAAAUAUCAUUGGUCUCAAUAUUUAGGUGUGGGAAUUUGUUUGGCUGGAAUUGGUGUUUUGAUUGAAGCUGAUUUUAAAAGUGGAAAAGAUAUGUAUUAUGCGGUGGAUCCGAUUAAGGGUGAUAUACUUUGUUUAAUAAGUGCAACUUUUUUCGGAAUAUCUAAUGUUAUUGAAGAGUAUUAUGUGAGAAAACGACCUGCUUAUGAAGUAUUGGGACAAAUGGGAUUUUGGGGAAUGAUUAUUAGUGGAAUUCAUGUAGCAAUUUUAGAACGAUCCGAAUUGACAAAUGCUGCAUGGACUGGACCUUCAAUUAGCCUCGCUAUCUCUUUUGUUGUAACUACCAUAAUGGUAUAUGUGGGACUUCCAUUACUGCUCCGGUUAUCCUCUGCAACGUUUUUUAAUCUUUCAUUCCUUACAAGCGAUUUUUACACUUUGAUAUUUAGUUGGUUCUUAUUUAAAACUGUGAUGCACGUACUAUAUCCAUUAGCAGCAGUCUGCACUAUAUUGGGUCUUUUGGUAUUUUAUAUUUAUCCAGCGACUCAACCAGUUAUUAAAUGCGAUGACGAAGACAGUAUAGAAUAUGUUGUUUCAGAUGAAGAAACGGCAGCGACAAAUACUUCUGAAUCGGUCAGAGCAUUAAAUCGUUCUUUAUAA